AAAUUUUCCAAUUUUCUAACUUCUUAUUAACCUUAAAAUUUGUAAAAUUGAAUUAAUAAAAGAAAUGGCAUAUUUUCCAACACUUUUUACAUUAAUUGCACUUAUAACACCAUUUUAUUGUGCGAAUGUAGAUUACGAUGGGGUUGUAUAUUUAAAUUUAUACCACGAUUUAGAUGGAGAUAUCGUUCCAAAUUUUGUUGAACGUGGUAAUUUAACGAUAACAAGUUUACGAUCGGGUAGUAGUCAAAUUUAUAACAAUAUAUUAUCACCUAGCGAAAAAGCCAAGUUAAAAGACUUAGCAUUAAAUAAUAAAUUUUAUCGACUGAAAGCUUCUAUUACCAAUUUUGAUGGAACAUCUAGUGAAUUGUAUACUUUCUUAAAAGCGUGUACAUUAGCCAAUUCAAAUUUACAUGAUGCCUUAACGAUAUCGUUAGAUUAUUCGGGUUUGGUAAUUGGCGUCACACAAAAUGUUUUAAAUUCAGAAAUUUGUGACUCAGCACAUUUGGCUGAGCAUGCAAGAAAAUUUAAUACAAAUGUGUUCGUUCAGUAUACAGAAAAUGGUCCAGUUCCAGAUACAGCAAGCUAUAUCCAAAAAAUGGAAAAAGAACGGGAGGCCAGAGAACGCGGUGAAUCAAAAGAUACUCGUUCAUUUUUAGCUAAAUAUUGGAUGUACAUUGUACCAGUGGCUCUCUUCAUAAUAAUUUCAUCAGCAGCCAAUCCUGAGGGAGCAGCAGGAGGUGGUGCAGGCGGUGGACGUUAAUAAAAUAAUAUAUAAUUUGCAAUCAACACUAAAUAAUAUU